GAGCGGGCUGCGUCCCAUCACUCGCGGUCCGACCACUGUGCGGCGCGGACGACGCCUGCGCGCCAACCGGUCAUCGGACAUAACUUUUCAACAUUCGUCUUCUCUUAAUUUUGGACCACCAUGAGGACCGGAGGGGUCCCGCUAGCGGCCCUUCUGCUCGUCCUCGCCUCAUCAGUGUUGCAGGUGUCAAACGCGAGUGACAUCUACUGGGAGGGAGAAGAGGAGGCAUCCAAUGAGUUUCUCGAAGUCAACAAGGAGGACUCAUCUAUACUAGAUCAUCUUAAGCGGCUAAAACGUGACUCAUGGCUAUCCUUCGAUCCCCUUGGCCUUUGGAAUAAUAAUAAUAAAGAGUCUGAAGCCGAAAAAGAAACUGUCACGGAGAGCAACAUCGAUGACAAUGCCAGUUUCGGCAAAGAAGACGAUUUGGAUGCUGGCUCCGGGUCGGCCGACAAGUCGGAGUCGGAACUCAAAGAAAAAACUCUUCGUGUGACCUUCCUGGUGAUGGAGCCGUACAUUCCAGCGUACUCCAACAGGGAUUCACCAGAGUUCCAGAAUCUCUCUCGUUCUUUGGCGAAUGCUGUGGACUUGCUGUUCGAGAACUUGCCUGGCACACAGCGAUCCAGUCUAGUCAGAAUACAAUCGCUGGUGAAUGACGAUUUCCUGUGCAAAGUAACAUUGGACAUUGUUACAACAAGAAACGAAGACACAGAUCAAAUUAAGGAAAUCUUGAGGAACCACAUUCAAACCAUAGGCCGUCUCGGAGAGUACACUGUCAGUUAUGAUGAUUUCAGCGCUCAACUGAUUGACCCAGCCUCCAGUUUUACGGCUGAAGAACAAGAGCCACCUGUCGAUUAUGAAAAUAACAUAAGCGAUAAGGACGAUCCGGCAUACGCUACAACACCAGAUUACCGCAAUUCUUAUACUUCACCAGACGAUCAAAAUUCUAAUACUUCACCAGAUCUUCAAAAUAAUUAUGAUGAAACACCGUACGAUCCAAAUUCGAAUGGGUCACCCGAUGACCCUAAUUCGAAUGGAUCACCCGAUGAUCAGAAUUCUAACGUUUCUCCGGAUGACCCGUUCUCCACACCAGACGAUAGAAACUCUAAUGGUUCACCAGAUGACCAGGACCCAUAUUCUUCUCCAGAUGAUAGGAAUUCUAAUGUUUCACCAGAUGAUCAGGACCGAUAUUCGUCUCCAGACGACAGGAAUUCUAAUGGUUCACCAGAUAAUCAAGACCCAUUUGCUUCUCCAGACGAUAGGAAUUCUAACGGUUCACCAGAUAAUCAAGACCCAUUUGGUUCUCCAGACGAUAGGAAUUCUAACGGUUCACCAGACAACCAAGACCCAUAUUCUUCUAAUGGUUCACCAGAUAAUCAAGAUCGAUAUUCUUCUCCAGACGAUCCAAAUUCUAAUGCUAUCCCAGAUGAUCGUAACUCUAAUGGUUCACCAGAUGACAAUAAUUAUGAACAAACUGUUGAACAAGGCUCAAACCAAAGCCCAGAGUCAGGGCGAAGAGGUGACAUUUCACCGAACUAUGACCAAUACGAAACUAACUAUGAUCAAAACUCUAGCGCUUUUCCCGGCGAGGGGCAGAAUGGAGACAAUUCUGGUCAAACUGUUCCACCAGCCCUUCCAGAGACGACACCGAGCUACAAUCCGGCAUCUCAGGAUUGCCCGCCUUCAUACAUGCGCUGCGACGAAUCGCGUUGCGUGGAAAACAGCCGCCGAUGCGACGGGAUCUACGACUGCACCGAUGGGACUGACGAAGACAACUGCCCUGACAGAACGUGUGGAGCGGACGACUUCCACUGUAGAAGCGGACACUGUAUCGAAUCUAGCCGCCGAUGUAACAACGUCUAUGACUGUCCGGACCAGGAUGACGAGCUCGGUUGCGACUGCCGACCGGAUGAGUUCCGAUGCGAGAGUGACGGGCUCUGCAUUGAAGAACGCAAGCGGUGCGACAACGAACAACAUUGCUCGGACGGCUCCGAUGAAUUGGACUGUGUCUCAAAGAUGAUAUGGUGGGCUGGACACCAUGUGUGUAGGGACACAGGUCAGUUCAGGUGCCGUGAUGGUACCUGCAUAUCGAUACUACUCCGAUGCGAUGGAUUCAAAGACUGCAAAAAAGAUGGCAGCGAUGAAAUUGAAUGUCCAUGCAGACCAGACCAAUGGCAAUGCGAUCAUGGGACCUGCAUCAAAAGGAGUAAGCGUUGUGAUGGACGGGUCGAUUGCCCCACUGAUAGGUCGGACGAAAGGAGCUGCAUCGCCACUGGCUACUUUAAAUGCAGAAGUGGCAAGAUCAUACACGAGUCUCUUAGAUGCAAUCGUCACUAUGAUUGUGCGCAUGGCGAUUAUUCCGACGAACAAAAUUGUCCAUGUGGUGCGAGCGACUUCAAAUGUGAUAAUGGACACUGCAUACCUGCAUCCAAACAUUGCGACCGAACGCAUGAUUGUCAGGACGGUUCAGACGAACGCGAUUGCUCUUAUGGCACAGUUUGCAUGGCUUAUGAAUAUGAAUGCACGAGUGGAAAGUGCGUGCAAGCCGAUGCAAGAUGCAACGGGACGCUGGACUGCGACGAUGGCAGCGACGAGGCCAACUGCUCUUGCAAAAGGGACCAAUACCCGUGUCGGGACGGUUCUUGUAUAAAUAUAUCCUAUCUUUGUAACGGUAGAGACGAUUGCAGUCAAGGCGAAGACGAAUACAAUUGUGGUGCACCCUGUCCAUCGGACCGUAUAGCUUGCAGUGCAGGCUCUCGACUGGUGUGCGCUGAGAAAUGUAACGAUGUCCGCGAAUGUGACAGCGGUGAAGAUGAGGAAGACUGCGAAGCGUGUGCCCACUCAUGCGACGGUGGCUGUUUAAUGGCCACUCAGAUUUGCGACGGACGGCCCGACUGUCGCGACGGAUCCGAUGAGUUCGACUGCUACCACUGUGACCGACCUGGUGACUUCAGAUGUGACUCCAAUGAGUGCAUACCGUACUCGCUGCGGUGUAAUGGAAUCAAUGAAUGUGCUGAUGGCAGUGAUGAGCUGAACUGCAACAAGACCAUGGUCACGGACCCAGAACAACCAUGCACACCGGACCAGUUCCAAUGCGAGUCUAACCACGUCUGCAUCGACCGCGCGUUCUUCUGCGACUACCACAACGACUGUGUUGAUGGUUCCGAUGAAGCCAACUGUGCCUGCCCUGAGGAUAGCUUCCAAUGUCGUGAGACCGGAGAAUGCCUUCCCACCUCGACCUUCUGUGACGGCAACAGGGACUGCAGUGACGGAUCUGAUGAGUACAACUGCCCACCGUCUACCACCACCAGGAUACCUUUCAUUCCUUACCCACAGCCCACAACCGAGGACCCUUACUAUACCACCAGAGGAUAUAUGUGCCGAGGCGACGAAUGGCGUUGUUGGAAUGGUUCGUGCAUUCACAACUCCCAGCGUUGUAAUGGACAUAUCGACUGUCCGUUAGACUACAGUGAUGAAUUUGAUUGUCCUCCCUUCACUCCACCUGCUUUGGACUUGAAGACAUACCCAGACAGCCAGUCCGUUAGACACGUGAUUUCUGGUGGCGAUGUGGUGUUCCAAUGUCGUGACAUUGGUCCCAUUCGUGCUCGAGUCCAGUGGGUCAGAGAUGGCGCCAGGAUCAAGAACGGUUCCACCGACAUCAAUGGGCGUUUGGAAAUGUUCCAAGUUACCGAAGCCGACGCCGGUACAUACACUUGUCAGGCGAGAGAUUACUUGAGCUACCCUGGUUCUCAAGUACGCGUCGUGUUGGUUGUGGAGCCUCCUUCCGUUACGUACAGGCCUCAGAGACCCUCUUGCGGUCCUAACGAAGCUACUUGUGGUAAUGGUCAAUGUAUUCCCAAGUCCGCUGUUUGUGACAACAAUAUCGACUGUGCUGAUCAUUCCGAUGAGGAUAACUGCCAUCACCAAGGCAUGUGUGAACCGAAUCAAUUCAAAUGUAGAAAUCGUAAAUGUGUGCUCAAGAGUUGGAUCUGUGACUCCGAAGAUGAUUGUGGAGAUUCCUCAGAUGAAGUGAACUGCGGUUACCAUGCGGCGGGCAGCAAAUGUUCACCGGUCGAAUUUACUUGCAAGUCCCAGGAACAGUGCAUUCCUAAGAGUUUCCACUGCGAUGGACAGAGUGACUGCCAGGACGGAUCUGAUGAAUAUGGAUGCAUUCCUAUCCACGUAACACGGCCGCCGUACCCAUCUAACGUAAAACUGAACCCUGGCGAUACCCUGACGCUGACCUGCGAAGCUGUAGGAGUUCCGAUCCCAUUGAUCUCAUGGCGUUUGAACUGGGGACAUGUUCCUGCUAAGUGCACCUGGACCAGCGAUAGGGGUAUCGGUGUCCUGACUUGCCCUAACAUGCAGCCCGAAGACAGUGGAGCAUACUCAUGCGAAGCUAUCAACAACAAAGGAACAACAUUCGCAGCACCCGACGCCAUUGUUCAAGUCACCAAAACGGAUCUAUGCCCUCGUGGAUACUUCAAUAACGAAGCGCGAUCAGAAAACGAGUGCAUUCGUUGCUUCUGCUUCGGCAAAUCAGACCAAUGUCGCAGCGCUGAUCUGUUCACAUACAACAUGCCCACUCCAUUGGGACAAGGAGGCACCAGACUUAUUGGCAUCAAGCAAUCCCUUAGUGGAGACAUUAUCAUUGAUUCGCAGCCGAUCAACAGCCAGUAUUACUACCAAUCUUUGGAUAAUGGUGCUACGAUUACCAAAUUCGGUGGCUCAUCAUACCCAUCAUACUCAAGCGCACAUCCCUACAUCACCUUACCAGAGGAUUACAAUGGCAACCAGCUCAAGUCUUACGGAGGACACAUCAAGUACACCGUGUCUCCACACACCCAAGUAUUCGGGUUCGAUGACAGCAUCCCAACUAUCAUCAUUAAGGGCAAAUACGGUAACCUGUUCCACGUCAGCCGUGCUGGUGGUUCUCGAGACCUUAACAUCGAAGCUCGCCUUACUCCCGAAAACUGGAUGAAGAACAGUUCCAGCGGAUUUACAUCUGCUUCCAGAGAAGACAUUAUGAUGGCUUUGGAUGAAAUUGAAAUGAUCCUUCUGCGCGCUGACUUGAACAAUGCUGGAGUGAACAUCACCGAUUUUGAGAUGGAAUCUGCUGAACAUAUCAAUGUGGGCCGUGGAGCCGCUAGUCUGGUGGAAGAGUGCACUUGCCCUAAGGAAUACAUUGGACUUUCUUGCCAGAAAUGCGCCUCUGGCUACGUCCGUAAGAAGGUUGGACCUUGGCUCGGAGACUGUAUGCCUGAGGAGUGCCCACCCGGCACAUAUGGCGAUCCUUCAAGUGGAAUUCCCUGCAAACAAUGCCCAUGUCCUCUGACCAACCGCGACAAUCAGUUUGCAAGGACCUGCUCAUUGGGACCAGACGGAUCAGUUAACUGUGAUUGCUUCCCUGGUUACGAAGGCAAGCACUGCGAGGUUUGUGCCCCAGGCUACGAAGGCAACCCGAUGAUCCCCGGCGAUGUGUGCAGACCACAAGUACGAGACAACUGCAACCCCACUGGCACCAAGCAAAUCCGCCCGCCUGACGAGUGCGUUUGCAAAGACAACGUCCAGGGACGCUACUGUGAUCAGUGCAAGAACGACUCGUUCUACCUAUCCAAUGACUUCAGACAUGGCUGUGCUUUGUGCUUCUGUUCGGGAGUUUCCCAACAAUGUAUGAGCAGCAAUCUCCGACGCAAGACGAUCAGCGUGCAGUUUAACGUGCCACAAAUCGUGGAUCAAGUGAAGAUCUACAACAUCUCGCCUACCGGCCCACCUGGCUCCGUCAGAUACACAGCCCCAGUUGAAACCGAGCUGAAACCAGAAUUGUACCGCGGUGAUAUCUCGCUGAAUAAUAUCGAUCGUUCUAGAUCAACAGUUUACUACUGGAGUCUUCCCGUCAGUUUUGCUGGUGACAAGGUGACAUCAUAUGGCGGUUCACUGCAAUACGUACUCAAGAAUGUUCCCACCAUCAGAUCGAGCGACCCCAGAUACAGGAACAGCGCAGCUGAUGUCCAACUCAUCAGUGAUAAUCGACUGACUUUCCACUACUUCGGUGAUUUCGAAGCCUCUCAUGAUGGUAUCUUGAAUGCUAGCGUGCAGUUCUUAGAAAAAGGAUGGCAAAGGCCUGAUGGCAAGGAAGUAUUACGUGAGCACUUCCUCUUAGCCCUCGCUGAUGUCAAGACGAUCCUGAUAAAGGCUACGUACUCCCCGGGAACAGAACUGGCUUCUCCAGUCAGUGCAAGCAUCGAAGUCGCUGAACCCGACGCAUAUGGACCCACUGCUUCUCAUGUAGAGCAAUGUGUGUGCCCACCUGGUUACAUCGGAACCUCUUGCGAAGACUGCGCUCCUGGUUACACAAGGAGUGAUGGUGGCCUGUACUUGAAGCUCUGUGAGCCUUGCUCGUGCAACGGAAAAUCUUCGAUGUGCAACCCUGAGACUGGAGUCUGCUACGAUUGUGCUGACAACACUGCCGGUGAAAACUGCGAGCAAUGCAAGCCUGGUUACAACCGCGAUCCUUACGGAAACUGCGUAGAAUAUCCACUAAGUACACCUGAACCAUGCCGCUGUGAUCCUCGAGGCACAACAGGACCUUGUGAUGAGACAGGCGAAUGUCCUUGCAAGCAGAACGUUGAAGGCGACUUCUGUGACCGUUGCCGGCCCGGGACAUUCGGUCUCGACUCCAACAACUUUGAUGGUUGCCUGUCCUGCUAUUGCUCUGGUGUUACCACCGACUGUCACGAGGGCACCCACUACACAAGGAUUCCGAUGGCAGCACCAGUCUUAGGAGAGAACUACGGCGGUUACACCAUUACGGACCUUAAAGCCGAAAGGGUUAUCAAAGACAACUUCGUGCCCAUGUUCCAACAGAGCGAGCUCAUGUACACCUUCGGCUUCAGACCUGAUGUCGAACUUUACUGGUCCAUUCCUAUCUUCCCUGGUAACCGAGUGCUGUCUUACGGCGGUAGCCUGUCGUUGAGGCAGAAGUUCAACUCAGACGUAUACGAACAAUCUGAGAGAGGCACAGAUGUUGUGCUCGACGGUGGCGACAUCUCGAUAUACUGGACAAACCCCAACAACUUCCCGUCUGGCGUGUCUUAUAGCUAUCAAGUACCUCUGAAGGAGGAUGGCUGGUUCAUCCUGAACACCGUGAACCCAGCUACGCGAAGCAACUUCAUGAGUGUACUGAGGAACCUCAAGAGAGUGCUCGUGAGAGCAACUGUCGCUCCUAGCAUCUACGAUACAGCUAUUGCUGACGUUUCCAUGGACACCGCUUCACAGAACUACGACGCUGUCCUUCCAUCUGCUAAAGGCAUUGAGAUCUGCAUGUGCCCGCCUGGCUACGCAGGAACUAGUUGUGAGAGUUGCCAGUCUGGGUACUACAAAGACCAAUUGGGAUACUGCCGACAGUGUUCUUGCAAUGGACACAACUGUCAAUUGAACAGCCAAGGCCAGGUCGUGUGUAGCUGCCAACCACCAUACACAGGAAGCGAUUGCUCAACCAUUGGAUUAAUAAUGGAACUGCAUCCAACUAUCCACGAAGUCGGCGAAGAUCUGUUACACAGAAGAGUGACAUUGACGUGCAAAUACCGUGCACCAGAACGCCUCACUAUAAAGUUUUACCAUGAGGGACGGGAACAAUACCCUGCAAAGAAUUAUUAUACAGCGACCCUUCACAAGGAUGGAUGGCACUCCUCACAUUCCUGGGAUACAGUAUGGGAUAUUAGACGGCAAGGUGACAUUUAUGAAUGCCGCACUAUCACCGAAAGGGGAUACACACUCGGUGUACUGACCACGAGUCUUCCAGAACCAGGAGGAGAGUCCCAAGAAGGCGAUCAGACCACACAAUCACCACCACCGGAGCCGACAGUUACCGUCAGGAUAACCAGCCCUACCAUCAAGAUUCAAGAAGUAGGCAGCAGCGUCAGCUUCACUUGCCAAGCACAAAGUCGCAACUCUAGAAUACGCCUGCCUGUCAGAUGGUCGAAGAGCGAUGGCAUCCUGCCUUUGGACAGGUCACAAGUCGACGAGAACGUGGGACUUCUUCUGAUCACCAACCUGCAAGUGUCGGAUAGCGGGAAGUACAUUUGUCAGACCAGCGAUGGCAUCAACACAGCGCAAGCCAUUGCUACUCUGAAAGUACCCGGUAAUGUGAUGACGAUGCCCAUCGUGGAAAUAAUUCCAUCGGUAAAAGACUUCUAUGAAGGUGAUCUGAUUGAGUUAGACUGCAGCGUGCGAGGCAACCCUACACCCUCGAUUAGGUGGCAGAGAGGCUCAAACAGACCUCUUCCAUUAUCGGCUACUUACGUGGACAACCGACUCAUUAUUGAAAGCGCACAAGUAGAUGACUCUGGAGAAUACAGAUGUACUGCGUCGAACCAAGUGGGUUCUUCCGAUCGCACUGCGGUGAUAACAGUACGCCCGCGACCAUCGAGACCACAAAGACCGAAGCUCACAGUAUCUAUCCCAGCUCCCGUCGUAGAUGAGGGCCAGAGUAUCAGGAUCGCAUGUACAGGAACUGCAAACAUACCAGCGGGUAGCAUCGAAUGGGUUAGGCAAGAUAACGCAGUAUUCCCAGAGAACGUGCGAUCAGAAUACGGCGUGUUGUACAUCGAUUAUGCUCAACCAGACAACCGAGGUGUAUAUGUUUGUCAAUCGCGGAUCUCGGAUGUAUCUCCAGAGGCUAUCUUCGUUGAUGUAGUAUCUUCGAGCCCAGCUCCCAGCACCUACAACAUUAGUGCUUCUGUCGAUCGACUCAAGAUUCCAACUGGUGGAAGCGGAACCGUAGAAUGUAAUGUCGUAGGAAGACCCUUGCCCGUUGUGAAAUGGACCAAGCACGAAGGCUCGAUCGGCCCCGACUCCAGCCAACGAGGCAAUACACUGAUCAUUAACAACGCGCGGGAGAGCGACCAAGGGUACUAUCUCUGCGAAGGCACCGUCAACAACAACCCAGUAGCCAAUAUCUACGUUUUCGUCGAAAUUGAAAGACGAGAGCCUCCUAGAGUGGAAAUUUGGCCAUCGGAUAGCAAAGUACAAGCAGUGCCCCUUGGAGGUGAACACACACUUAUAUGCCGUGUCAUGGGAGGCAUCCCUGAGCCUGAUGUCACAUGGAACAGGAAUGGAGGCCGUCCACUGUCCAGAUUUACAGAGCUGCAACCACACCAUGAACUGAAGUUCAACAAGAUAGAAGUCAACGACGAAGGAGAGUACACGUGCACUGCUCGCAACGAAGCUGGUACUGCAAGUGCAAGUGCCAUCAUCAAAGUGAGGGCGCUUCCAGAAAUCACCAUUACACCAAGCCCCUAUGUGCAACUUUCUUCUGGAGACCCCAUCAAUAUCGAGUGCAGAGCCAGUGGCUACCCCGAACCCCAAGUUUCUAUCCAGAUUGGUGAUUACCGCGAGGUCGUGCCUGCAUCAGCUGGUCAUGCUUCUCUGAGAAUACAGUCGGCCAGUGAACGUGACAGCGGUUUCUACACCUGCAUUGCUGCGAAUGCCGCCGGCACUGUUAAGGAACAGUUCAGGGUCGUCGUCAACAGAGGAGAUGGUGGAUACGACACGUCCUUCCCUGAUGAUGGAGGAAGCGGCGAGGGUGAAAUUGACUCGGGUUCAAACGUGGAUCCAUCAUUCGAAGCUGAAGACAAUUUAAUCGCCCUUGAAGGAAAACCUGAAACCAUAUUGUACUGCCGAGUACCGGGCGACAACGUCAGGUGGAGUCGCGUUGAUAGACAACUUCAGAAUAAUGCCGUAGAAGACGGUACACGUCUAAUCAUCUACAAUGUGUCAAAGGAUGACGCUGGUAUGUACGUGUGCAACAUCUUCAACCAGUACAACGAAAUCCAGGAAGCUAUUUACACCAGCUUGGUUGUCAUCACUGCGCCUAAGAUCACUCUGCACCCGCCUAAGCAAACCGUGCACCCUGGACAGUCACCAACUGUCGAGUGCAUCGUGCAAGGAGAUGAUAUCAUCGACAUCACUUGGAGACCGCUCGACAGGGCACCUUCUAACCGUGUUGACACUCGCUCCUCUAGGCUGAUAUUCCACCAAAUCGAAGUAGAGGACGCCGGCCGUUAUGAAUGUAUGGCCAGGAGCCGAUACGCUAACUCGAGCGCCAUUGCGGAGGUCGUCGUCAGCGAAGAUCGUACGUCGUCGGUGUCGCACAACAGAGAUCACAGAGCUCACGUCGGCGAAGCUGUGCACCUCAGCUGCAACGUGUCGCAACCCAACGUUCGUAUCAUCUGGACGAAGAACGGCCGCCGCCUUCCUAAUUCCGUCAGACAGAAAUCGGAUGGAUCACUCUUCAUCAAACUUGCAAAAAAAUCUGACUCCGGAAAAUAUAUAUGCAGCGUACAAGACGUUUAUGGACGCCUCGUUACUAGCACUUAUGUCAACCUCGACAUUCAGGGUUAUAAAUGCUUGGAAACGGAGUUUCCUUGUAAGGACUACUAUGGUUGUAUUGAGGAACACUUACUUUGCGAUGGAAUAAGGCACUGUCGAGACAAUAGCGAUGAGGAGAACUGCCUAUGGCGAGAUAAACGUUAUCUGGACAGGACUUGGAAUAAUCACCUCACACAGGAUGGACCUCGUGAACCUUACCCUGAAUCGGAGCAGUUGGUAUCUAUCGAGCAGCCUCGAAGACAGUUCAGAGUUGGAGACAACGUGGAUGUACUUUGCAAGGGAAGAUCAGGAGAUGUCAAGCUUCAAUGGCUACGAGUAGGAACCAACCAAUAUGUGGCUUCGCUGUUAUACGGCGACGGCGUCAGACUGUCGCUCACCGGUGUCACUAGUGCUGAUGCAGGUGUCUACCGAUGCAUUGGUAACGACAACUUCGGACGUUCAGCUUACGAAGACUUCAACCUUGAAGUUCUACCAGGUGGUCCUUCUUACCCAGACUACGGAAGAGACGUUUCAGUUUCUGAGUACACAGCCCGACUACGCGACUCUGUGGAUCUACCAUGCAUUCACAACUUGGAAGAACCCGUCACCAUUGAAUGGAGAAGAGAGUUUGUGCCGCUGCCAGCUGAACUCAGACCUGACCAGCCUCACCUGUACUUCAGAUCAGUGACUGAGACCGACGCGGGUACUUACGUCUGCCGCGUAAGCAACAGCCGCGCCACAGUCGAAGCCAGAGCUAUCCUCACUGUCAUCGGAGUAGUACCACGUUUCGGCGGAGAAAGCUUUGUCUCCCUGCCAACCCUGAGAGACGCCUAUAAACAAUUCGAAAUUGAAAUUUCAUUCAAACCCAGCGACAAAAAUGGUCUGAUCCUAUACAACAGCGAGAACCAAGGCCGUGAAGGUGACUACAUCGGACUGCAACUUAAGGAUGGAGUACCAGAAUUCAUCAUGCACACUGGCUCUGAACCCCUCAUUGUGAAGGGAGACCGCCCUCUGCAGCUCAAUGCUUGGCACACUAUCAGAUUGAGCAGAGCUAAAUCUAAGGUUACAAUGGACGUAGACAACACUGGGCCAUUCAUCGCCGAGUCUCCUCAGCAAUGGGAGGUGCUAGAACUGAAACAACCACUGUACAUCGGCGGAGUACCUGAUUACGAUCAACUGCCUGUUGACCUGGCUGGAGCUUCUGGAUUUAUCGGCUGCACGAGCAUGUUGCUAUUGGGCAAAGAAGAGAAGAACAUCAUGAUGGACAGUUACGAACGAAACAGUCUGAGCGAGUGCAAUUCUUGCGCUCCUAACCUCUGUCUCAACAACGGUGUCUGCCAGGAAGCCCGAAAUGAGCGUGGGUACAUCUGUAUCUGUGCUUCUGGCUACGCUGGACCGAACUGCGACCGGACCGGCGAGGCGUGCCGUCCCGGACUCUGUGGACCCGGCAAAUGCAUCGACAACACUGACCACGGAUAUAAAUGCGCUUGCCCUGUCACCCACACUGGCGCUAACUGCGAGAAAAAGCAAUCGAUUGAAUACCCAGCCUUCACUGGAAGCGCGUACUUGGCUAUCAAGCCUCCCGCACCAUCCCGCACACUGAGAAUGAGUAUGAGGAUUAAGGCAGCGGCCCCAGUCUCCGACGGUAUCAUCAUGUACUGUGCCGAGUCACCAAGAGGCUACGGAGGAUUCACAUCGCUUGCCGUUCACGAUGAGCGCCUUGAAUUCCGUUACGAUCUCGGAGGAGGAAGUGUACCGGUUGUUCUAAUCAGCAACAGGACUCUGCCAGCAAACGAAUGGACCACCGUACAUAUUGCAAGAGUUGGCUCAGUUGUGUCCUUGAGAAUUAACUCUGUGCAUAGCUUCGAACAAAGGCUUGAGUCUCCUAAACGCGAUCUGAACCUGGAUACUCCAAUAUUUGUGGGUGGUGUCGACGACUCCAUUACUCUGAACAAUAACACCGGCGUCACUGGAGGAUUCAAUGGAUGCAUUGCAGACUUCAUGCUGCAUGGAGAGGCUGUGGACAUCGUGAACUCGACUAUCCAGUCUGCCAACGUGAAGGAAUGCAACGCCAUCCGAGGGGAUAUUCCUGAAAUGGAGAUUGGCUGCCAAUGCCACAACGGAGGUACCUGCACCACGGACUUGUCCACGUGCUCGUGCCCACCCGGCUUUGGAGGCUCUCUCUGCGAGUACCGCGUACCCUCCUCUAUGAGGUCAUCCCGCCAGCCCCCUAGCGACCCCUGUGCCGUCCGUCCUUGCCGCAACGGAGGAACCUGCAGACCUGACCUCAACUCCAGAAUGAACCAUACCUGUGACUGCCCCCUUGGAUACGCCGGCGUUUCCUGCCAGAUCUCUCUGGAGCUUCUAUCCAGCGUGGCUUUCAACGGCAACGGCUACCUAGAACUGCCUUCUAGUCUGAUGAGAUACGAGGACUUGGCCAGUGACCCGGGCAUCAUCGCCUUGGCUAUAUUCACUACGCAAGAUGGAGUACUGCUGUACCAGAAGGAAACCGCGGCUCCUCCAUACUUCGGCGACUACAUUAUCCUAAGAAUUGAGAGAGGCUUCAUCGUAUUCGAAUGGGACAAUGGCGGCGGUAAAUCAUCGCUCUCUGUGGAAACCUUCGUUAAUGAUGGCGAACGUCACCAGAUAAUCGUGAAACUGCUGGAAGAUGGCCGUGUCACACUCUCAGUGGAUGGCAGGGAGAACUCUGGCACUAGCACCGGCAUAUCAAGCGUUAUGAAUGCUGACUCCAACAUCUAUAUCGGUGGUAUUCCGGACUUCCUGAACCAGCAGGGUUACCCAGGCUUCACGGGCUGCAUACACCAAGUCGAGCUGAUGGCUUCAGACCGAGGACUGAACCUUGGACAAGUGGCUGUUGCAGGCAGGAACACUCAACGAUGCAAGGAGCCGACAAGUUAUUACUAAGUCCAACGUGCGAACGAUAUUCUCCGACAACAUCAACGCAACCCUACGAUAGUACGACAAUGUAAAAAUAAUUUUAAACAAUCUGAUAAUAUUACAGUGUAAUCUUCACCUUUCGACUGGUAAAUUUACGAAUCCAUUCGAAGCAAGAUUACAACUUGUUCUUUCAAUAAUAUAAUCAUGAAUUAAUGUUGUAUUAGUAUUAAGAUCCUUUGAAAACCAGACAAUACGGAUAGUUUAGUGGAAUUGAGAACGCGAAUGUUGUAUCAAUAUGUAAUGAUGAAUAACAUGUGGUGAGGUGUCUGACUGUUCGCGUAUACCGCAGCGGUGCUCCAAGGAGCAACAUUGUGUUUGGUGCCAUAAGAUGAAUUUUAAAUAUUGUAGUUAGGAAUCUAUGUAUUUACUAAUAACUUUUAAGUAUCCAGUUCUAUUUCCGCUUUUUCUCAAGUCAUUUUUAUAAAUCUCUCUAAAUAUUUCAAACGCUUCCUUCUUUUCCUUUAGCUCCCAGUGAUAUAUUGUAAUUGUGCCAAAAGAGAUAAAUAUCAUUUUGUUUUAAUUUCAGCACUGCCAUUUUUAUCCUUAUGUUUAUUUUCUUUAUUUAAAUGUAAUGUGAACUUUCGCUUUUUAAGCAACGAAUAUACUAUUGUUAAGUACUUAUCUUUAUUAUGUGAAUAUAAAAUAUAAUUUUAAUUAAAUCGACUACGAUGGCAUUUAACUUAAUUAUUAUCGUCAGUGAUUAUGAUUAUUGUUAUCUAUUUUAAUUACAAAAUUAUAUAUAUGCAUUAAAUGUAUUUGUUGUUAACUUAUAUAAGACAAUUACAAAGUACUGAUAUUAUAUUUUAAUUAUCGUUAUAUAAAUUAUCUAUGGACGUCUGAACGAAGUGUCUAUCUAUAGAUUAUUUUAAACAAUUGUCUACGUAUGUAAUAUCUACCCGUAUACUUACUUCAAACUAAGUGAACAAAUUUGACUAACAAUAAAAUAUAAAAUAAAAUAAU